UCUCCUGACUCAGCUCUACAGAUGUUGCAAUGUUAGCGAGCUGGUUAAUGUGUAAUGACUGAUGUGGAGCUGAUGGUGAGGAUAUAAACUGGAGUAGAUCCACACCGAGCCUCUCCUAUUGGACAGGACAUGGGCGCUGGUACAAUGUGGAGAACGAUCCAGUGCUGUUUGACCUUUGCCCUCCUGCUGAUGGUGGUCUUGGCUGACCACCAUGAGGGCCAUGACCAUGAAAAACAUUCCUCAGAUCAUCACCACCAUCUCCACCACGACAAGGAUGAACCCCAUCCGAGUCACAGUGGAAUUGAUGAAUCCUGCCACAAACUUUCAUCUCACAACGCCGACUUCGCCUUCACUCUGUACAGUAAACUCAACAGCCAAGCUGACGCCAAAGGCAAGAACAUCUUCUUCUCUCCACUGAGCAUCUCCAUGGCUCUGUCCAUGCUGGCUGUGGGUGCUAAAGGUGAGACCCACUCACAGAUCUUCAGCACUCUGGGCUACAGUUCCCUCACCGAGGAUCAGGUCAAUGAAGCCUAUGAGCACCUGAUGCACAUGCUGGACCACAGCAAGGAGGCCAUGCUCCUGGAGACAGGAGGCGGUCUGGCUGUCAGAGAAGGGUUCAAACCUGUCGACAAGUUUCUGAAGGAUCUUCAGCACUUCUACCAUGGAGAGGCCUUCACUGUUGACUUUUCCAAACCCGAAGUUGCUGUUGAAGAGGUCAACAAGUUUAUCGCAAAGAAGACCAAGGACACCAUCACUGACAUGGUCAAGAGCCUGGAUGCAGACACCAUCAUGGUGCUCAUCAACUACAUCUAUUUCCGAGGUAAAUGGGAGAAACCAUUUGAGGUUGAACACACACACAAAGCUGACUUCCACGUGGAUGAGAACACCAAGGUGUCUGUGGACAUGAUGAAGAGAACUGGACGUUAUGAAUUCUUUCAUGACUGGGACAACUUCUUCUCUGUCAUCAUGCUGCCCUACAAAGGCAACACCUCCAUGAUGAUCGUUCUGCCCAAUGAGGGGAAAAUGGAGGAGGUGGAGAAGAAACUCUCCAAGGAAGUCCUCAAGUCCUGGCAUGACAAACUAACCAGAAGCUCUGUGGAUCUUUUCAUGCCCAAGUUCUCCAUCUCUGCCUCCUCCUGCCUUGGUGAAAUUCUGAAGGAACUGGGAAUGGUUGAUGCAUUCUCUGACAAAGCAGACUUUUCAGGGAUGAGUGAGGAGACCAAACUAAGGGCUUCUAAGGUUCUCCACCAGGCAGUCCUCAAAGUUGAUGAGAAAGGAACCGAAGCAUCUGCUGCCACCACUAUUGAAAUCCUGCCUAUGUCCCUGCCAAACUCCAUGAACCUCAACAGACCCUUCCUGGUCUUCAUUGUGGAGGAUAGCACUAAGAGCAUCCUGUUCAUUGGCAAGAUCAACAACCCUGCUGAGCAAUAACACCCAGAUCCUGUCUAAUGGAGAACCUGAUUAUGGUUGAAGAGCAGAUGCAAACAGCAGUUUCUUUUCAGGAUUGGACCUGCAGAAAUACACCACAGCUGCUCUCAGGUGCACCAUGAACCUCGUGGUAUGAACAACAAGAGAAGAAGAACAUGAGUUUUUUUAUCCUGAUGUUUCUGAUUACAGAUUUAAACAAACUUGCCUGUAUAAAUUCCAAUAAACUGAAUCUCAAAUCA